AUGCACAAGUCUAGGCGACUGGUUUUACUCUCACAGCACUUCAUAUGUCUAGUGCUGUUCUUGCAUGGCACGACAUGCAUUUGGUACUACAUUCACCAAGUGAACUUUGACUCGUCCGAACAUUAUGACCUGGGAUAUCCGCCGGAAGUUGGAGCUGACCAGCUAAGGUUUAACAAUUAUAUGGCUUGCUUCUAUUACUGUGCUUGUCGCCUUUUGAAUGUUAUAUUUGGUGAUUCUUUUCCUGUUCUACCCUUGGAGAUGUGGAUGACAUCCGCCAUGAUGAUAAUGGGACACACUAUCGUGCGAUAUCGUUUCAUCGGGAAGCUCACUUGGGAUUUAGUAGUUGUGAAUAGUCGCCGCCUGCUGUUCGUCGACCAAGAUGCAAUAGACGCGUAUGAAAAAAACGAUUCUCGACAAAUCAGGACGCGGUACAGACCGAUGAAAGUGCUCAAAAAUCGCCUAGCGGGUAUAGAAGACGAGGAUCCUACGUUCGUGGACGAUUCACACAUGUAUUACAGAGACUCUAAAAACGUACGUCGGCCGAAAUUUACUGAGGAGUUCCUAGAACUGUAUCAGAUGUCCCCGAAAGUGACCAGCAUCAAGGCUCCAAGGAUUUGUCUCAGGGCAUCAUUCCCUUGGAUAUUAGAACCUGAUACUGAUUUUAAUGUAAUAAGAGAUACAGUAAAGGAUAUAUCGGAGGUAAAAAUGGCAACGAUUGGUUUCUACUUAGACAUAUUGUCAGUGUUCCCUUUCUACAUUUUCACGGACACGCUGGACCCACAAGGGAGUUCAAUGGCCAACCAAGUGGCGGCACUCUUUCCCGUGCUGCAAGUGUGGCAUAUUUGGGAGUAUAUGGACAAAUUGGAAAGAAAUUUCAAAAGUAAUGUCAGGAUGGUUUGCCUUCUGAAGUUCGCUCUAAUGUUUUGCAUAUUCUGUUACUGGUCUGGUUGCUUUUUAUGCUUGAUCUCCUGUCCCAAUCAAUUAUGCCGACCGAACUCAUGGGUAAAGCAUCUGAUAUAUUGGGAGACGAAGGUGUUCUCAACUAUGAACGCCAAGCAUGAGAAACCGAUGGUGUCGUCUCUGAUGUUCGGCUCCGCAGCCUUCACCGGUUCCGGCAUAGCCGACAUUGCCCCAGGAGUCGCUGAUCUGUUUGUGGUGAUAGUAAUAUUUGUUCUCGGGUUUUAUCUGAGCUGUUUCUAUACUGCCACUAUGUGCAGCCAUUUCAUGCUUGCAGCGCAGAGGAGAUGCAAAUUCAAGGAAUCAAUGAGGGAGCUUUUCUGCUUUCUAUCAGUAAAUCAAGUUAGCGAGAAAAUCAAGUCUCGAGUGAGGAAGUUUUUCUGCGUACAAUGGUAUUACAAUAACGCUGUAUGCGUGAAGGAUCUAUUCGAAGACAUGUCCGCGAAUAUUCAGCAAGAAGUGUUGUCUAUCGAGACUGUGGAGACAUUACUUUCCUGUCCGCUGUUUCAGGACUGCAGCCGCGACCUGCUGCAAACGGUUGCGUCCAACAGCAGAACCAUAGUAUUGCCCGAUGACGAGGUUGUUCAACACGCAGCGGAUAUUGGCCGCGAUAUGUAUAUCAUACAAAAGGGUUACUGCAAUGUUGUUGAUAACCAGGGAAAAGUAUUAACAUGCGUAGGCCCUGGAAGCCAAUUUGGAAUGAUUGAAAUGCUUUUUGGAUUGCCGAAAGUAUACACCGUGUUGACGUCAACUAACUGCAUAUUGCUGCACAUGGAGUACAGUGCGCUGGUGCAGUGUUGGGGCACGUUUCCUGACAUCAGCGCUCCGAUUAUGAAGGUUUUAGAGGAUCCCGAAAUCCGCAGCCAAGCAGUUCAGUACGAAAAUGCUAAACCCAUGGUCGGCCGCAUAGACGUCAAAACAAAUCGGAUUGCGCAAGAGAUAAAGGAAAGUUUCGUCGCCUUAAACGGCCGCGAGGAGCGAGCCCACUACACGAAGACCUUCGAGAAGUUAGGCGUGAUGAGGUUUAUACGAUUUAUCAUAAUACCAGGAAGCAUUACACCUUAUGGGAUGUUCUUGAAAGUCUGGUGCCUUCUCAGAGCGAUACUGGCCAUAUAUUAUCUGAUUACUGUACCGUAUGGCAUAGCGGUAUCAUACAGCAAAUUUCGUGGCAAUUUCAUUUUUUACGAGGACCUUCUGCUGUACGUCGACAUAAUGAUAAUGGCGUAUGUGGCGUAUUACGACGAGCGAUCGCUUUUAGUCACUCACCCGUUAUAUACGAUAUCACGAUAUCUCAAACAUGGAUUUGUUUUGGAUAUUUUCAUCUGUUUUCCGCUAUCCCGUUUUGUAAGCCUUAUAAAUGACCAAGCGGAUUUAGAUUUAUAUCGUUUGAACAAGUUGUUUCAGCUAACCAGAAUAGUGGCCGCGGUGAAUUACUGGGAAGAAGACAUCAUGCAAACGAGCCAAUUGAUAUUCUUACUAAAAUUCUUGCCAGCAGCAUUGACUAUCGUGAACUUUGCUUCUGCGUUUUCUUUCAUCUCGUUUUGUAGGCCCUAUCUACCGAAUGGGACCGACAUUAUCAUGGCUAACUGUUCAAGGGUUAUUGUUAUGCAUGGGACGAAUCAUAAUAUUGGAGGAGCCAUAACGGAGUAUGUGAAAGUGUUCUUCCACAGUUUCAAAACUUUUGUCGGAUGCGGCUGCACGCCCACAAUGUCUGUCAAUACGACGGACGCCCUAAUCUCUACGUCGCUUGCGAUCUUAACAAUCUUGUAUUUCGCCUUUAUGUGCGGGUAUGUCGCGUCAGCUCGCUCUUCCACGGGCACCGCCUUACUUGAUCACACUGAAAAAACUUCAGACUUGGCAAACUUCUUAUACCAAGAAAACGUCGAUCCAAUGUUAACAGCGAGAACGUUAAAGUACUUCGAUUAUUUGUGGAGACGCACCAACGGAAGCAAUCCUCAGCAAAUAUGCCGGCGACUCAACUCUGCAUUAAUGGAAGACACUCUUGUGUUCAUGUACGAGAGAACCCUACGCGAGGUUCCACUCUUCAGCAAAGUGGAGCGCUCUUUCAUCAGGGUCAUCACUCAACACCUCAACGAAAUGUACUUCCUAAAGGCCGAAACAGUCAUUCAAUGCAAGGAUGUGCAGCCCUAUAUUUACAUUAUUUAUCGGGGCAAGGUUGAUGUCAUGAAUUCUUACAAUGAAAUGAUCACUUGUAUGGGACCAGGUGGAAUGUUUGGGAAUUUUACAGGGCAUCCAAUAUCUUGUUCCGAUGUGUCAAUAUACGCAAGCCGGAGCCUUGAUUUGCUGGUCAUCCCUAGCCAGACGUUCUUCAACCUGGUGAAGUACUAUCCCAAGAUACAGGAGCCCUUGAACAAAGCGUUCGAAACGUCGAAAGACUACAUUCUGCCAAUUAAUGUGAACAUCGCUGAUGAUUCUGACUCAGAAGGGUCAACACACGAUGUGUAUUCUAUGGACUCUAAAUUCAGCUCCAUCUGUACGACAGAUGACAGUCGCUAUGACAUGCCCGAUUACACAGCUGUUACGACGCUGAGAUCCGCCCAAUCGCAGUCGAACUUGAGCCAGACGAAGUCGGUGGGCACAAUGAGCGCGUUCUCCGUGCAGAGCCAGAGGAACAUUUACAAUUUGUUCAGGCCGGGGACUUGGAUGUAUUUGAUGGGGGGCUACUUGACCAGUUUCAUGGCAACGGCGAAUUACGUGCUGGUACUCUACGCUAUGACUACGCUAAACGACUGCUCUGCUAUUAUGUGGGCGUUGGCAUUUUUCGACAUCUAUUUCUAUCUGACCAUGUACUUGACUAUGCACGAGGGGUACGCAAGUAAGCGGGGCGAGCUGAUCAUGGACGCCAGCAAGUGUCGCAGAAACUACUACAGGCAUAAAACAUUGUUCUACUCAGAUCUGUUCGUUAACUUCCCAUUCAUGCUCUUCGGAUUUUGUUUUCCUUACAGGAAAACCAUGAAAUCUAUGCACUACCUUAGAGCAAACAAGUUAUUCCGAAUUAAAUACUUGUUUGAGUUUUAUAACAAGUCGUCGGUUGUUCUAACAAAUAACCUCACUACGUUACAGGCGGUGAUGACAGUCCACGCUGUGGUAUUCUUCGUGCACACAUUCACGUGUCUGUGGCUCAUCGUCAUCAUUGCCGUGCAACCCAUCUGCACCGUGAGGACCAUCAAGACGCACUUCCUUGAAGAAGAAACUCCAAGUAAAGUGUGGGACUACACAACAUCGUUCUACGUUAUGGCAACCUUGCUGACUGCUACGGGUGGCGACGAGUAUCUGGUCAGCGAUUUGAUUCCCGAGAUCAUUCAGAACAUCUGUCUGCUCUCUGGGAAAGUGCUGGCGGCUGUGGUAGUCGCUACUGCUAUGCAGGUUACCUUCUCAAAAGAACAUACAUUAACUAAGUACGAAAAGGCAACGGGGGCACUUAUGGACGUACUUAAAAAUCAAGGACUUUCAGAUUACCAAUCCCAAAAGUUGUGGAAGUACGUUAAACAACUUUGGGUGACAGAGCGUGGACGACAGUUGCCAGCUCUGCUAGCUCAAACCCCGUACGUGCGGCGCUGCGACCUUAUGUCGGCAAUGUUUGGCCAACAUUUGAGGAAUUGCUACGUUUUCGCCGACACCGGGGAGUCGUUCCUUCGCCAGCUAACCGUGGCUAUGGAUUACACAAUAUUCUUUCCUGGCAACUACAUCGUAGUAGCAGGUGACAGCGACGCGCGCAUGCACUGGGUGUCAUCCGGCACCGUGUCUGUAGUGUCUGUACGACCGGACCUGACGGAGACUACUCACGAACUGCUGGGACCUGGAGACGUGUUUGGGAUCCUGCAGGGGUUGCACCGUGGCAUCAUUCACUGCUUCUCCUACAGAGCUGAGACUAAGGUCAGUAUUUUGACACUGUCGCUGGAUUCCUGGAUCCACAUAUUGCCGUACUUUCCGGAUGCGCAAAAUAGUAUUACAAAUAGAUCUAACAUUUUGUUUGCUCGCAUCACUAACUGAAAUGUGACAAUGUAAGCAGGCAUCAAAAAGCAAAAUGGCUCUGCGCCAUCGUUGGUAUACAAAAAAGUAGAUUAGAUUCUACAUCUACUAUUAAUAAUAAUGUUAAAAGAAUUACAAAUGAAUACCUAUGUUUUUUGCAUGUUCUCACUUUGCCCAUGAUUGUUAGGCAGUUUAUGUUGUAAGGUUCUAAGUAAUUGUUCUUGCGAUUAAUUUAGUAUAAUAAAUAAAUUAAAUUUAUAAAAUAUUAUUAUUCUUCUACGAUCUCAC